AUGACGGAGGGAGCCCCUUUGGCUCCAGGCCCACCGCCGGGUCCGCCGCCACGGCCACCGCGUGUGCGGCGAAAGCUCGUCGUCGACGAGUCGAAGCUAUCUCCGAAGGAGCGCUAUACACAAAGUCAGCGCCGCGAAGUGGAUAGAGUGCUCACGAGAGCAUUCCGCAUGAAUCCGUACGACAUACUUGACCUCACACAGGAUGCGGAUGAAAAGACGAUCCAAAAGUCGUACCGCAAAAAGAGUCUGCUAAUCCACCCAGACAAGAUGACAGAGGAUCAGGCACGUGCCGAAGAGGCCUUUGAUCUGCUGAAAAAGUCCCUGGACCAUCUGCUCGACGAGAACCGGAGGAAAGCGCUGGAUGAAACGGUAACGAGUGCGCGCUGUCUCGCGCUGCGUGAGCUGGGUCUGCCGAUGACGCUGACGAACGAGGAAAUUGAGCUGGAAAAGGUGCCUGGCGGUCGACUGGAUCAGAUUGCGCCGUCGUUCGAAGAUCGCAUCAAAAUUUAUGUCAAAGAUAUUGUCCUCGAUGAGGAGCUGAAGAAGCGAAAAGCGAUUCAGCAUAAACAAGAGGCCGAGAUCGAGGCUGCCAAACUACGGAUGGAUGCCGAGGAGGAGCGCAAACGGCGCGCCGAACUCGAUACGGCUUGGGAAGAGGCAAGAGAGGAUCGUGUGCAGGGCUGGCGGUCCUUCAACAAGACUACGAAGCGUCGUAAAAAAGGCCCAGCUGUGCUGGGCUAA